AUGGCGCUAGACAUGUUCAUGAUUUCACCUCAUGGGUCUGUAAAGCAUGUGAGAAAACCCGGUAUUAAGCGGGACUGCUGCCUCUGCCCUGUAAAAGGAGGUGCAUUGAAGCCAACUGAUGUGGAAACAGUGUGGGUUCAUGUUACAUGUGCUUGGUUUCAGCCUGAAAUGUGUUUUGCAAGUGAUGGAAAAAUGGAACCAGCUGUUGGGAUAUUGAGUAUUCCAUCAAGUAAUUUUGUGAAGAUAUGUGUAAUAUGCAAACAAAUACACGGCUCGUGCACUCAGUGUUGCAAGUGUUCAACGUAUUACCACGCCAUGUGUGCCUCCCGAGCUGGUUGUAGAAUGGAGUUGCACUGCUUGGAGAAAAAUGGUCGGCAGAAUUCAAAGAUGGUGUCCUAUUGUUCCUAUCACAGGGCUCCGAACCCAGAUACUGGUCUUAGUUAUACAAACUCCUUCAGGGACAACGAAGAGUCACCCGCAGAGGAUACCGUUACAUGUGAUCCAUUUUCUGCUGCUCGUUGUCGACCAUUUAGAAGAAAGAUCAAUAGGAAGAAGAGGAGUGAAGAAGAAGCCAUUCCUCACCGCACAAGAGGACCACAGCAUCAUCCAUCGGCAGCAAUCCAAGCUCUAAACACAUUCAGGCAUGUGCCGGAAGAGCCCAAAUCGUUUUCUUCUUUCAGGGAACGACUUCACCACUUACAGAGGACAGAAAUGGAUCGGGUCUGCUUUGGGAGAUCUGGAAUACAUGGGUGGGGUCUUUUCGCGAGAAAAACUAUUCAAGAUGGAGAAAUGGUUCUCGAAUACAGAGGGGAACAAGUGAGAGGUAUCAUUGCAGACUUGAGAGAAGCACGGUAUCGCAGAGAAGGGAAGGAUUGCUAUCUGUUCAAGAUCAGUGAGGAAGUAGUGGUUGAUGCUACAGAGAAAGGGAAUAUAGCUCGGCUCAUUAACCAUUCGUGUUCGCCAAAUUGCUACGCAAGGAUAAUGAGCGUAGGAGACGAGGAAAGCAGGAUUGUCCUCAUCGCCAAGGCCAAUGUUGCUGUUGGAGAGGAGUUAACGUAUGAUUACUUAUUUGAUCCAGACGAGCCAGAGGAGUUCAAGGUUCCAUGCUUAUGUAAAUCCGCCAGCUGCCGGAAAUUUAUGAAUUAA